UACACACCUGUCUGCGCUGGAAGGAGUGCGUGCAACAACGAAAAAUGACUUCGGUACAGAAAGAAAUCUUUACAUGUGUGGUGUCUGGGGACUUGGAAACCAUUCGGGAGCAUUUUAAACGCGACGGUGACACGGAGGACUCGCAGGGAGAUGAUUUGUUCGGCAUUAGGGACGAGGUCGGGAGGAACGCCAUGUUGACCGCCUGCAUGUUGGGGAGGAGCGACGUGGUACGAGAACUGGUCGCACACGGAGCCCGCGUGGACGAGCAGACUGUCAGGGGGUAUUCCUCGCUGCACCUUGCUGCUUGUUGGGGCCACCUGGAGACAGUGAGGACUCUGCUUGAAUUGGGAGCUGAUAUACAGGCCAAGACCUUCAGAGGGGAGAGGCCUGUAGACCUGGCAAAGAGGUACUCUAAGACAGACUGUGCUGACUGUCUCGUCCUGGCAGACGCUAAACAGGACUUGAUAUCAUACGUCGCCUUUGCUAAAGACCUCAUCUCUGACCCAGAGAGGAAACUCUCAAAGGAGGAAAAGAACAUCUGUACGCGCGCCUGCUCCGCCAAGUCAGACUGGAUUCAGAGUGUCAAAAACUCAUCAGUCUCAGAUUUCGUAGCCCAAAAGAAAGACAUAGAGGACACUCUUCAGCCUAUUCUCAACAAGCUGUCAGCUCAGUCAGCUGAAGGGCCUGUUAAGCCAGCAGGAAAGGUCUAAAGCAGAAGCAAAUCUGUGCAAUGUCAGCUUUCCAAUAAAUGUCUGAAAAACA